AUGGGUCCAGCUGUGCGGAAAAGGACGGGGUACUCGAUUGGGACUGUACACCUUCGCGAGGGUGUGAUUAGAAGCAGUGUCAGCAGUGGACAGAAAAUUCAGAAGAUAUGUGAAAAAAUAGGAGGCCUCAUCAAUUCUCGCGAAGAGGGUGUUGAACCGCAAAACCCCGAAGAGAGACCUUCACGCCUCAUUGGCCAGCUUGGGUCUGUGGCCAUGACCGCGACGGCCGGGCAGAUCUUGCAGUCUCGAGACUGUGAAACUGCAUUCGGUGGCGGAUAA